AUGGCGGGUUUGAAUGUUUCCAUUGCCUUCUUUCUCUCAGUUGUGGCUAUUUCUGAGGUGAUGAGGCAGGUUUCCAAGAGACUUCUGCCUCUUGGAGUGUACCGUGGUCUUGUCAGAGAACUGCUGAGGAUGCUGAUGGAGAUUGGUCCCUGGGGUGGUGGCUUUGGCCCAGAUGUGAUUCUGACCCUCCUCUUCAUUAUCUACUUGAUUCAUGGUGUGUCUUUUGAUGGAGCUUCUGCUAACCCCACUGUCUCUCUCCAAGAAUUCCUGGUCAUGGAUUCCUCCUUUGUGGCUACUGCUUUCAAACUUCUGGUCCAGUUUGUGGGAAUGGAGGCAGCUGGGAUUCUCACCACGCACUACUGGUCUUGGGAGCUGACUGACUUCCACCUCAUCCAGAAUCUAAUGGCUCUGGAUUGCAGUUCCUCUAUCCAUACCUCUUUGUACCAUGGCAUCUUUGUGGAAGGCGUCUGUUCUUUCUUUUUCCAUUUGGUGGCUCUCAAGUUUCAGCAUAGCCACCCUCUGUACAGAGCGCCUGUCCUGGCAGUGACUGUGACCACCCUGGCUUACACAGCUGGGCCUUUCACAGGGGCCUUUUUCAACCCCACCCUGGCCUCCAUGGUUACUUUUCACUGCUCUGGGAACAUCCUGCAAGAGUACGUCCAGGUUUACUGGCUGGGACCCCUCACAGGGAUGCUCGCAGCCCUGCUCUUGUACCAGGGGAACAUCCCAAGGAUCUUCCAGAAAAACCUGCUUUACAGCCCGAAGAGCAAAUACCGGACCCCCAAGGGGAAGGCUGUGUCUGGGCUCAAACAGACAGGAGACAAUGGGGAAGGGCAGCCACAGUUGCGAACUAAGCCCCGGAGCUGA